AUGGCCGCCGCCACGGCCGCUGCUCUGGCCGCCGACCAAGACGCCCUGCACCCCUCGUGCCUGUCCGCCACCGCCCAGACACGCAUCCUCGUGUGGCGCUCCGAGGUGGCCUCGGCUCUCGACCCGCCCGACUCGCCGCACUCGUCCGCCUCCAGCCCCUCGGUCCCCUCGGCUUCGUCCUCGUCCUCCGCCACCGUCACCACCACGGCCGCUUCCUCCUCCCUCCUGCCCCAGCCCUCGAGGCGUCGCCGCUUCUGGCGCCGCAUCGUCCGCCGCCUCUCCGCUCGCCCCGAUGCCCGACCCGGCGCUCUCGACCCUGCCACCGGGCUCGCGGCCGGGUCCGACGAGGUCGUCCGCACCGCCAUGUACCGCCUCGACGACCCCUUCUUCGAUGAGGUUGCCCUCGGCGAACCCAGCAGCGACGGCGGCCGGGGUGCCCUCAAGGACAAACAGGAGCGCCUACACCGCGCCGCGAGGCUCCUGAUGCACCAAAACGCCAUGGGCGUCCCCGCAACAAUGGCACCAUAG